AUGAGAGACUUUGUGUCCUGUUUCUCUGAAAACGCCGUUAACAUCUCCAAUCCCUCCUGCUCCACCAAAUCCAAUGCCGCCGCCGCCGUUGUCUCUCCGCCCUCUACCUCCCCCUCGGUGCUAACAGCCGUCACCAGCCUCUACGCCGCCCAGAAUCAGCUGAUGAUUUCAGUGUCGUGGACCAAACUUCACUCAACCCAGAGCCUUUCCAUCAAUUUCACCCAACCCCAACUACCCACCAUAGCCUUCAAGCUCGACACCACCGCCCGGUUCUUCAAGAAGAACAAAGGCUCAAAAUCCUACGACUUCCAAUCCUCCAAAAUAGAAAUCUUUUAUGAUCUCUCCGCCGCCAUUUACGACGGCGGUGGACCAGAACCCGUUUCGGGAUUCUACGUUGUAAUCACUUUGGAUUCAGAAAUCGGCCUUGUUUUAGGCGAAAUCCCCAUUUCUUCCAGGCCUUUUAACCUCAAAUCCGCCAUGGCCGCCGACCCAGAAGCUCGAAAAUGGUCGUUGAUCUCAAGAACAGAGCAUUGCGCCGGAAAUACUCUGUUUUUGACGAAGGCUAAGUUCAGCGAAAAUGGGGUGGCGCAUGAGAUCUUGAUUCGGUGCAUUGGAGAAGAAGAAGGGGGGAAAAAACAACAUCCGGGAUUGUGGGUUUGGAUCGACAAGAAGGCGGCGAUAAGAGUGAAGAGAUUGCAGUGGAAUUUCAGGGGAAAUCAGAGCAUUUUUGUUGAUGGGUUGUUGGUGGAUAUGUUGUGGGAUGUUCAUGAUUGGUUGUUUGGGUCGGCCAUGAAUGGAUUGGGAGUGUUCAUGUUUCGAACCAGGAGUGGUUUGGAAAGUAGUAGGCUGUGGUUGGAAGAGGAGAAGAAGAUCAUCAAUUCUCAUGAUGAGAUUCAAAAGAAUUUGGAUUUUUCAUUAUUGAUCUAUGCAAGUAAGACUUCAUGA